AUGGGCCAGUUGCUUAUUCUGUUGUUCGUGAGCAGAAGAAGACUAUUGUCACCAAAUCUGUCAACUUCGACAAGUGCACUGAACGUUCCAAGACCGCCUAUGGACUUCGUUACACCUCCGAGUGCCCAGAAUGCGACAACCAAACCGAAGUCAACGGGAAACAUAAAGAAAAACGAAUUCAUUCUGCCACUCCAUGGCGAGAUUAUCACCAAGUCUGAGCUAGAACGUCGGAAGGAAAUCUAUAGUAAAUGCGGUGAAAAUCAUCUCUAUCCGUUCCAAGCUGGAAAUUAUGUAAUUGACACGACACGGAAAGGGAAUUCUGCACGAUUCGCAAAUCACAGUUGCGAACCAAAUUUGAUUGCAAAAAGAUGGAUCAUAAAUAACCGGAAAAAGGGAUUCCGGGCAAUCGGCUUCGUUGCUCUGAAAAACAUUGCCAAAAACAGUGAAUUGACAUUCGACUAUGAAUACGACUACAAUCCGUAUGUGUUUAGCCGAAAAAAAAAACUUUUUAACGCCACGUUGUUCUUCAGAAAAACGAGUCAGAGAUGCCUGUGUGGAACAAAAACGUGUAAAGGUUGGAUUGGAACUCCUCCACCAGAUGUUGGACCUGCUGAUGAGAAGAAGACGUCUGGUUCUCUUUGA